GCGCACUCCGCUCAAAGUCCUAAACUUGAAAAACGCCACCAAUAUCAAUGCUUCACCACAGCACAAGAGCACCGACCUCACCCCGGCCAAACAAACGCCGCAGCAGAGUCGCUUCUUUUCCUCAGCGACCAAGCACACUGCCCCGAUAUGUCCGACAUCGCCCUCCCAGGCCAACACCAAGAUCUUUAUUCCACUUUCACCAAUCCGACCUGCGAGGAUCGUGGCGCCGCUGGUCCACGUCCAGCCGAUUCCAAUCAACCUCCCCAAAUGUGGAUCGGACAGCCCACCGGAGCCGUCGUCAGAGUUGGCAUCAGCUCCAAGCUCGAAAUCCGCACCCAGGCAGUCAGAGGCGAUAUCAGAGGCAAAAUCGCGAGUGUGCGGGAGGAGAAUACGGGCCCGAGUCAUCCCAGCUCAUCUGCAACACAAGUGGACGACCCGAGCAGCGACCCGGAUCCCGUGUACAUCCCUCAAUCUCCCGUUCCGCCGGCGAGUCCCGCACCUGCCGGUUCAGAGGGCUGUCGGACGGCCACGGUCGGGACUGCGUCCAAGUACUUCAAAGCCGCGGUGCAACAGCCCGAGUCGCUGCCAUCGGCGGCGCCGAUCAGCACCAUGCCCGCGAGUACUGAGUCUCAGCGCCGGUCGCUGGCGGGGCUCUACAAACCCGUGUCGUUGUCACGCAUCGUGUCGAUAAAUGGUCCCUCAGUAGCGGCCAAAGUGGCUGGUCGGUCGACAUCGCCACGGAAGAAUCUGGCUGUGGGAUUGCGACGAAAGGGGCUCUGAUCGAGAGAACAGCUUGCCUGUGGUCACGGAGCAGCCGGCCAAGGCUCGAGUAUCAGCCGCGCGUGCUCAGAAGUCGCCUGUUGCUUACAGAGCAGCUUUGGGCUUCCGUAACCAGAGUGGCUAUAGCCGCUGCAUCCGAUGCCCAUGGAAGGAUUACGG